AUGAUGCAGAAAAUUCCCGUCCUCCUAGCUCUUGUGGCCCUUGCUAGAGCAAAUGGCCAUCAUGGUGGUGCUUGCACCAUCAAAACCAUCACGCCGACCACCACGAGCCCUCCCACUACAACACCCACAACCUCGCAAGACGAUUGCAAGACACGCACCAUCUGCCUCGACUAUGUCAACGAGUGUGGCAGGCGGUACGGCGGAUGUGUCCCUGAUUGCAAGCCGUGGCCGACCUUUUCCAAGCCUCCUUGCCCGCCCACGUCCACGCCCACGCCGGAUAACUGCAGUACGCGCACCAUCUGCCUCGACUACGUAAAUGAAUGCGGUAUCUGGUACGGCGGAUGUGUCCCUGAUUGCAAGCCCUGGCCAACCUUUUCCAAGCCUCCUUGCCCGUCCACGACAAGCGUCACUGUCACGACCACGGCUCCUCCCACUACCUCGACCUCGGUCGAUGACUGUCAUACACGCACCGUAUGCAUCGAUUACGUGAAUGAGUGUGGAAUGAUGUACGGCGGUUGCGUUCCUGAUUGCAAGCCUUGGCCGACAUUCAGCAAGCCCCCUUGCCCCUCGACGACAACUCUUGUCACAGUUGUUGCGACGAGCUCCGCUCCUUAA